CCCGCACCCUUUCUCCUCCAAAAUCCUUAUUAAGGAGCCCAGCCUCUUGCCUGGGUCUCACCUGCUCGCGUCCUCUCCCAAAAGAAAUUUAAAACCUCUCCUCCCCUCCCCACCCCCGAGAGAGAGGGACAGAGAGCUCGCACACUGGGACUGGUAGGAAAGCAAACGGAGGAAGGUGCAGAACGUUGGGAGAGAAGAGUCAUGGAGAGGACGCAGAACUGAGCAAAUCCUCCCCCACCCCCGGGGAGGUCUGGUGGGGAGAAUGGACACAAGAGCAGACCCUGGCUCAGUCCUGCCUCGAUGAUGCUGAGACUUGUCUGGUUGGCGCUGGCUUUGUACUUGCAGAGAAUUUUCUAAAGUAAAACGGGAAGCUUGGAAACAGCUGAUGCUUCAGUGUGUGUGCAGACGGGCAGUGAAGACUGAGGGACGGACAGAGGGGGAUUGAAAAGGAGCCCUCGGAAAGUGUUGCAGACCCUCAGACCGCCUGCGAAGAUGCGCUGUUGUGUUCUCGCCCUCGCGUUCUGUGCCCUGUCCCCUGCAAAUCCAAGUGGAGUGCCGCUGGAGAGCCCCGGGGCUGGGGAGAGGGGCUCAGCAGGGCUUGCUGCACCAGGCUCUCGGGGGAGUGAUGGGAGCGUCCCGGUGCUGUCCCAGGGAGCUGCUUCUGGGCAACAGGGAGGCCAAAUGCGGGUGCAGACAACAAGGUCCAAAAGGGGAGCCACUGGCCUGGAUGCAGCUGGCCAACCCAGAGGGAGCAGUGAGAAGGCAGGCAGGGCUGGACGUGGUCCCAACUCCACUGGAGAGCUGCAGGACGGACAGCAGCAGGAAUUAGUCGUGCCCCUCUUUCUCAACAGCUCGGCAGAUCGUUCCAGCACAGGCCCUAGAGCUUUAGGCUUCCUCAACGGUUCGAGUGGCUCUGGUGCGGACAGUGCUCCAGCUCUGCUCCCUGUCCAAGCCCCAGGCAGGAGGCGCCAACUGAAGAACCCUUUCUACCCUGUGACUGAGGACUCCUAUGGGGCUUAUGCUGUUAUGUGCCUGUCUAUUGUCAUCUUUGUGAUUGGCAUCAUGGCCAAUCUGUCCAUCAUGUGCAUUGUCUGCCACAACUAUUACAUGAGGAGUAUCUCCAACUCGCUCCUGGCCAACCUGGCUUUCUGGGACUUCAUCAUCAUCUUUUUCUGCCUGCCUCUGGUCAUAUUUCAUGAGCUGACUAAAAAGUGGCUGCUUGGAGAUGUUUCCUGCAAGGUGAUCCCUUACCUUGAGGUUGCUUCCCUCGGUGUCACCACUUUCACCUUGUGUGCACUGUGCAUUGACAGAUUCAGGGCAGCCACCAAUGUUCAGAUGUACUACGAGAUGAUUGAGAACUGCUCAUCAACAACGGCCAAAUUGGCUGUCAUCUGGGUGGGUGCCAUGUUACUGGCGCUCCCUGAGAUUGCUCUUCGGCAGUUGGUUACUGAGGAGGUGGCGGCCUCAGAUGUGACUGCAGACCGCUGCGUUGUGAAGAUAUCUCCAAAGUUACCAGACACGCUGUACGUGCUGGCACUAACUUACGACAGUGCCAAGAUGUGGUGGUAUUUUGGUUGCUAUUUCUGUUUGCCCACCCUCUUCACAAUCGGCAGCUCCAUUGUGACGGCUCGAAAAAUCAGAAAAGCAGAGAAGUCCUGUGCCAGAGGGAAUAAACGUCAGAUUCAGUUGGAAGGCCAGAUGAACUGCACAGUGGUGGCCUUGACCAUUCUCUAUGGAUUCUGUAUCAUCCCUGAAAACAUUUGCAAUAUAGUAACUGCCUACAUGGUUACUGGGGUCUCCCAGCAAACAGUGGAUCUGCUGCAGCUCAUCAGUCAGUUCCUUCUGUUUUUCAAGUCUUGUGUGACCCCAGUGGUCCUCUUCUGCCUGUGCAAGCCAUUCAGCCGUGCGUUUUUGGACUGCUGCUGCUGCUGUUGUGAGGAAUGCGGGCCAAAGUCAUCCACGGUCGCUAGCGACGACAAUGACAAUGAAUUUACCACUGAACUUGAGCUGUCUCCAUUCAGCACAAUACGGCGAGAAAUGUCCACCUAUACCUCAGUGGCAACGCACUGCUAAAACCUUUGUCACAUCUCACUUUGACAUGAUGUAGUGCCCCUAUCAUUGUAGAUGUGUCAAGUUCCACCAUGGAUCAGCCAUCCUUUGCAAAGAAACUGGAUUGAAUGUCACUGCCAAUGGAGCCCAAACCUAUCGCAACACCUUAGAAGCUGCACAUUGCUAUUCCUAUAUUUUGCAAGCACGUCCAUUAAUGAGAAGAGUGUUCAUUCGCAGUGUUGUACAGUUAAGACUGUCAAACACAUAUAAGGAUGAAGAGAAGUCUGUUGCAGAAGUACAAUUUAGGAUGGUCUUCAUGCACUUAGUGUGGAUUAAUAAAAGGAACUUUGUGUAAUGUAUAAAUCAAACUCCACCAGAAUCCGGACUUAAGAUCAUGUUGUCCCUAGUCCUAGGGUAUGAAGAAAGCUUAAAAGUGAAGUCGUGACAUAUGUGAUGUGCUUAGGGAAUAGUAAGGACUAGCUGACGUACUGUAUUUUGCUGUAUAGUGACUGCAGCUAGCUGUUUUACAUUGAAUAUCUGAAGUUUGUACGAUUUAUUGUUGGAUGCUAUAUACACAGACAGCAUAAAUGCUGGUAGACCAGAUGUUGAUGAUAAACUGUUAUAAUUUUGUGAUGUCAGUUUUGUAACAAUGGAGAGAGCUGAGUUGUAAAUCAGAAUUAUCAUUGUUUUUUUUCUGUAAAUUCCUUAUUAUGGGCUCCAGAGCUAUUUGGAAUUGUGGGGUAUGUUAAAACAAAAACACUUUAUUCCCUACAAAUAAAACCUUGCAUUAAAAAAUAUGAUGUAUUACGUUCAGUAAGCUCAGCUAUUAUGACUGUGCACUAACAGUAUUUCUGUCGGUUGACUGGAGCAUAAACAUUCAGUCUGUAGACUAGCAUAUCUUCGAGGGCAACCUAAUGGGAUUUCUAUAGACUGGCCAUAAGGGAACAAAGUUUCUCAAAAAUUCUCUGUUUAUUUAAGAGGUGAGUUAACUGAAUUAUUCAAAACUAAUGAGGAUGUUUGAUAGAGCAGAUGUGGCGAAACUGUUUGGACCAGCAAUGGGUUCAGAGAAGUAAGAAAAUUGUCAAAAUGGAAUGGAAGAUUUGAGUUAUAAGGAAAGGCUGGAUAGGCUGGGAUGUUUUUCACUGGAGCAUAGGAGGUUGAGAGGUGACCUGAUUAAAAAAAAGUUUUUAAAAUAAUGAGAAGUAUAGACGGAGUUGAUGGUAAUUGUUUUUUCCCUAAGAUGGGAAAUUUCAAGUCUAGGGGGCACAUUUUUAGGAUGAGAGGAGAGAGAUUUAAAAAAGACAUGAGGUAAAUUUUUUUACACAGAGAAUGGCUCGUGUGUGGAAUGAACUUCCAGAUGAAGUGGUGGAUGCAGGUACAAUUACAACAUUUAGAAGAUGGAUACAUGAAUAGGAAAGGUUUGCAGGUGGGAGUAGUUUAGUUUGGGAUUAUGGUUGGCAUGGACUGGUUGGACUGAAUGGUCUGUUUCCGUGCUGUAAGUCUUUAUAGCUCUAUAGCCAGACAUAACAUUUUUCUUUAAGCAGAAAGUUAGUACCAAACUUAUUGCCUGGAAAGGUAAUGGAAGUACUGUAAAUUUCAAAAGGUAAAAGGAUAUUUGAUAAACCGCUGUUGCUUGGGAAAGGAAGAGGAGUUAGAUGCUAAUUGGACAGCUCUUUCAAAGUGCUCCCACAAGCAUUAUGGACUCUUUCUGUGCCCUACAAUUUGCAAAGUAUGUUGAAGUGCAAAAUCCAGACAAGUACCACAUUGACCCUGAUAUUAACAAGGAGGUUGUGAGAUUGCAAAUGAGCCAGCAGUGCAUGGGAAAGGCCAAACCCAAUUGAGACUUUUCUUGCCUUACCAUCACAGCCUCUUCUCUAUAAUGUGCUGCAGAUUCCAACAAAACAGCAGGUCAGUGGUCAGGAGCAUCGUUGAGCAUUAGGAGGUUAUAGUGACUUAUGGGAUGGUCACAGGAAUAGUCGGAAAGGACCAGUAAAUUCAGGUGGCCAACAGGGAUGCUGCAGAAGGUGCAGGGCAUGCAGGCGGUGCAUCAGCGAUGAGGUCCUGAUGAAGAGGAGCAGAAAUCUGGGCUGUGGUUAAGGGCUGGGAGAAACUGAACACUUGCUGUUAAUGCCAGGUUGUAAGUACUGCAGCUCCUCUUGGUCCACAGGAGUUACCCUUUAUGAUAACAUUAGGAGCUGACAUGUCUGACAUCGAACACGGAACCUGCAAUCUAAAAUGCAGGCCUUCUCAGGGACUAUGAUGUUUUUGGUUAUGACUUUGGAAUGUUAAGUUGGCCAGCACCUAUCUUUUGCAGGACCUUCGGCAACAGACUGAUUUCUGCUUUCACAAGCUUGAAUGUUGGAUUGCUGCAUCUCUCUCUUCACAUUCCGCCAACUGGGUUUAAAUGAAGGCAGUUGGCUCUGUUGCAAUGUAUAUAUUAGCUGAGAAGAUUUUUAUCAGUGAUAGCAAUAUGUUUCUCUAGUUGGUUGGGUUGGAUGCCAUUGAGAGUAAGUGAGUCUUUUCAUGGCAACCUUGAGACAUCUAGUUAUUAGUAAAUGGAAGACUCAUACCAAUUACUGGAGUUUUAAAAUAUACAAGGUACUCCCACACACAGGUUAAAAAGCCAUUAAGUUGUAUAUUGCAUACAUUGAUAAAUUUGGUUCUAAAGUAUAGUGACGGGGACUUGCCCAUGUUAACUGUUUCUGAGCUAUAGCUAACCUUCCAUCAUUUUCAGUGUGAUCAUGACCAUGAGACUUAGGACUCUGCCAUCAGCAAAUGCUUAGACAUGUUAUUUGCUGAGUGUCGCCUCUGGAGUAUACAAGGUCAAAACUAAUUGUCAAGUAAUCACUGAUGUUCAAUCCUACUGGGCAUGUCACUAGAGAGCUUAGGGUUUCAUUAAACUGUGUAUGCUUACAUUCAGUUGUCUGUCACUGUCCUGCUGUUGUCAAGACCAGCACCUUGGUGUCUUGCAAAUUGUUACGCUACUCUUGAAACAAGUAUACGUCAAUAUUGCUCAAUAAAUUUCUCGCACAUCAA